AUGGGUAUAAAAUGGAUAUUCAAUGAAGUGGAAGAGCAUACAAGAUGGUUAUUUGGGAAUGGAAAGGACAUAUCUGCAUGGAAUGAUAAAUGGGUGAUGGAGAAAACAUCGAAAGAAAUAUAUCCUGAAAAUAACUACAUAAAGCAAUUUCCUGACAUGAAAGUUUCAGACUUUAUACUAGAUGGAGAAUGGAUCUUACCUACUGAACUUCUGGAGAUGAUUGGAGUAAAUGAAUUACGUGUUCUAAAUGGUGAUAGAGACAGAAGAAUAUGGACUGGUACAGUAACAGGGGACUUCACAAUAUCUUCUGAAGUAGAAGUCAUUAGACAGAAAUUUCAUCAAAUACAUUGGACUAAACAGGUAUGGGAUAACUCAUUUCAUCCAAGUAUAUCUUGUAAUCUGUGGAAGUUAGCUAGAAAUAUAACUGCAACUGAUGAUAAUAUGAAGAAAAGAAAGUUCAAUAUAGCUUCAAGGUGCAUUUUAUGCAAAAAUGAAGAGGAAACAAGAGAACAUAUACUCUGGUACUGUAAUUUUAGUGAAAUAAUCUGGAAGUGGCUUGGAGGCAUUUUUAGUUUCAGAAAUCCAAGAUCUUUUGAAGAUAUAUUGCAAUUAUCCAACCAAAAAAGUCAUGCAAUAAAAGAAACCUGGAGAUUGGCUUCAUUUAUAACAAUGAAAGAACUCUGGUUCCUAAUAAAUGAAUGCUUAUAUGAUAAUGGAAAGUGUGAUGUACUGGUCAUAAAAAGAAAAAUAUUGAAUACCAUUUCAGACAGUGAAGUAAGAAUAAAGGCAGUGACGUGGAACAGUCAAUAUGAUCUGCAGGUGCUAAGGAGUUUUGGUUUAAAAUCAAGAAGAGUUAAAAGAAUGACUGUCAAAGAAGUUUUCUUCUCACUUCCAGCACAGGGGCAACUAUUGUUAUGUUGUGAUGGGGCUUCUAGAGAAAACCCAGGUGCAUCUGGAUAUGGGAUUUUUGGAAGAAAUAGCACUGGUGAAUUCAUUAUAGCAAUCUCAGGUGGUCUGGGGAUAUCAACAAACUAUUAUGCAAAGAUUUAUGCAGUUAUCAUAGCAGGGAAAUGGGCUAUACAUAAUGAAUUCUUCAAUAUUGUUUUAAGAACAGACUCAAAGGCAGUGAUUCAGGCUUUUGCAUCUCAUAAACUUCCUUGGUUUGCAAUAGCAAGGUGGAGAAAGAUAUGCUCAGUUAUGACAAAGUGGAGUUUUAUACACAACUACAGGGAGGUAAACUUCUCAGCUGAUAAAACAACAAAGAAAGGAUCAACCCUAAACAGGGGAGAAAAAAAUCAUUUUUGA